UCCGCUAAAAAAGUCAUUGUUGUUCAAGACUAAUCAUUGAAACCAAAAAAUUCACCACAUAUAUGCUCUGCGCCUAGCGAAUGAGACAGUGGCUGCGUGUUACUUUCUUGAUCUAUAAAAAUCCCAACAAUUAUGUCUUUUACUUGUACUACUACUAGCUUUCCAAUCAAAGUCCCACAUACUUUGUUCCAUUCUAGGAAAUUUAAUGAUGUUUUUCCCAAAACCCAAAUACUAGGAACUCUCUCUUUCUCUUCCAAGAAAAAUUCCCACUUGGGUUUCAAGGACAAACUAUCUCUUGCUCAGUGUAGUAAAACCAGUUUUCUAUCUGAAAUGGAUGAAGAUUGUAAAUUUGAAGUUAGCUCAAUUGAUAUUCCAGAUGGGUAUUGUAAAGAACUGGAAAUUGCAGUAAGAGCUGUACAUAUGGCUUGCUUGCUUUGUCAGAGAGUUCAAGAUAAUUUGCUUUCUAAAUCCUUUGAACAAGUCCAUUCUAAGGAAGAUAAUUCCCCUGUCACAAUUGCUGAUUGGAGUGUCCAAGCAAUUGUCAGCUGGGUUCUGUCCGAGGCUUUUGGCAGUGAGAAUGUCUCUAUCGUAGCUGAAGAAGAUGUGGAAGUUCUUUCCAAGGCUAGCGCAGUUGGCCUGUUAGAAGCAGUAGUAAGAACCGUGAAUGAAUGUCUAGCAGAUGCACCCCGUUUUGGACUGAAAGGUCCUGGUACUGAUCUUGAUGCUAAAGCUGUUCUUGCGGCCAUAAGCCGGUGCAACUUGGCCGGCGCCAGAGGUAGCAAGUUUUGGGUACUGGAUCCUGUUGAUGGCACAUUGGGUUUUGUACGUGGAGAUCAAUAUGCCAUUGCUUUGGCAUUGAUAGAAGAUGGAGAACCUGUGCUUGGGGUUCUCGGGUGUCCAAAUUACCCUAUGAAGAAGGAAUGGCUUGGUUAUCAAAAUGGUUAUCGGAGAAUCUUAUCUAGGUUGACCUCCCAAACAUCUGUAUCUGGGGAUAAAGGUUCUGUACUUUAUGCAAGGAAAGGUGGCGGCAAGGCUUGGAUGCAACCAUUACUGUAUGGAGAAAAGAACUUUGUGUGGCCAAACUCUGCAAAGCAAAUCAAAGUCUCCUCCAUAGAUAAUCCAGCAUUGGCUACCUUUUGUGAACCCGUUGAGAAGGCAAAUUCAAGCCAUUCAUUCACAGCAGGACUGGCCCAUAGUGUUGGACUUAGGAACCAGCCAUUACGUGUAUAUAGCAUGGUGAAGUAUGCAGCCAUAGCUCGAGGAGAUGCUGAGAUAUUCAUGAAAUUUGCGAGCGCUGGUUACAAGGAAAAAAUAUGGGAUCAUGCAGCUGGUGUUCUUAUCAUUGAAGAAGCUGGUGGUGUGGUGACAGAUGCAGGAGGGCAGCCACUAGACUUCUCCAAAGGCGUAUACUUAGAAGGACUUGAUCGAGGUAUAAUUGCUUGCGCUGGAGCAAAACUACACGAAAAGAUUAUCCAGGCUGUAGAUGCUAGCUGGAACUCCUCUAGUCUUUAACCUACUGUAUGUUACUUAAAAUAUGUUCAGCCCAAAUGUUGUCAAAUGGUGUGCAUAAGGCUCAUCAGCUGGAAAUAUAAAUAAAUCAUUGCAUUAUACUGCAACUUUGGGUACUGAUUGUUGAACCAUGAAUUCAUUCUGUACAGUAAAAUCAACUUUUAGGCA